AUGCAUUCAUCGAAAUUAUAUUUCACUCUUGCUUUUCUCUUUGUCUCUGCAAUGUUCUCGAACGCAGCCUACAAUAUAACAACACCAGGAACGGGCGUUGUUUGGAAUGCAACUGAAGCCGUCCAAGUAUUAUGGACUGGCACUGAUGAACCGGAAGUCGACGUAAACUUGCUCUACGGUCCAGCAGAUAAUUUAACGCUGUUUGCUGUCCUCUGCUCCAAUGUGUCCUCAAGCCUUGGGGAAUGCAAUUAUACCGUGGAUCCAAGUAUUCCGAGUGGAAUUAACUACGCGGUUUCUGUUGGAAAACUUCCCGAGGCAUAUUCGUAUUCGAGCUACUUCACCAUCCAAACAGCAAACCCACUUCCAGCAAACACUGGAUGUCUCAACAAUGGUGGCUACAACUGUACCCAAACUCUCCCGUGUUGCAGUGCAUCUGGAUACUGUGGUGCUACUGACGCUUAUUGUGGUACAGGGUGCGCGCCUCAAUUCAGCUUUAAUGGCGUUUGUAGUGUACCGCCUCCUCCCGCUCCUCCCUCUUCCAAGUUUUAA